CUACCUAAAAGACUGCCUGUCACAGUCCUAUCUGGUUUUCUCGGUGCCGGCAAAACAACGUUACUCAAUCACGUACUCAACAAUCGAGAAGGAAAAAAAGUCGCCGUCAUCGUCAACGAUAUGAGCGAAGUUAAUAUCGAUUCCCAACUGGUCGAGCGCGGAGACGCUCAACUCAGUCGUACGGAAGAAAAAUUGGUAGAGAUGUCCAAUGGCUGCAUUUGUUGUACCUUACGGGACGACUUACUCGAAGAGGUCUCCGAACUCGCACUGGCGGGCCGUUUUGACUAUCUGUUGAUUGAAUCGACAGGUAUUUCUGAACCACUACCUGUGGCACAAACAUUUACGUUUCGUGACGAGGAGGGGAACAGUCUUGAAGACCUAACGCAGUUAGAUACGAUGGUUACCGUUGUCGAUGCAUUCAAUUUUAUUCGUGACUUCAGUACCGUAGAUAAUUUAAAGGCUCGUAAAAUGGAACUGGGCGAAGAAGAUAACCGGACCAUUGUUGACUUGCUUACCGACCAGAUCGAAUUUGCAGACGUGAUUGUUCUGAACAAGGCUGAUCUUGUUUUGGAAUCAGAUUUAGACAAAUUGGAGUCUUUACUUGGAGCGCUCAAUACCAAAGCUAGAUUCAUCCGCAGUUCCUACGGCCAGGUGCAGCUAGAUGAUGUGCUCAAUACUGGCUUAUUUGAUAUGGAAUUAGCUAUGGAGGCUCCCGGCUGGAUUCAAGAAUUGGAAGGCAAUCACAUCCCCGAAACCGAAGAGUACGGGAUUUCCAGUUUUGUUUACGAAGCCCGGCGUCCAUUUCAUCCCCAGCGAUUCUACCAGUUGAUCAAUGAAGAAUGGCCAGGUGUUGUUCGUUCCAAAGGUUUUUUUUGGCUGGCAACACGAUUUGAUUUUGUAGGUGCUUGGUCACAAGCAGGUGCUGCCUGCAACAGCGAACUCGCUGGCGUAUGGUGGGCAUCCGUAGACCGCACCGAGUGGCCAACAGAAAAAGAAUACGUUGAGAUGAUCAAGGCUAUGUUUGUAGAGCCUUUUGGCGACAGAAGACAGCAGCUUGUUUUAAUCGGUAUGGAUAUGGAUCAAGCAGAUCUAACGCGACGUCUCGAUACCUGUUUGCUGACAGAAGAAGAGAUGGCAGUAGGCCCUAAUGGCUGGCGUCUCUUUCCCGACCCGUUCCCACAAUGGCGUAUGCAGGAUUUGGAUAACACCGAGAACGAAAACCACGCGGCGUAG